UUCUUUUUAGUCACAAAAUUGAAAGACUACAAAUGAAGCUUAUAUUAGCAGCUGUGAAUUUUUUAAAUGCUAUUUUAUGGCUUCUUAUUUGAUGUGGGGCUUAUUUUAAAUACAUUCAUAAUCAGCUGCAGAUGCUUAGUGGAGAACAUAAUCAGUCUAAGCAAUGAGCCAAAGAAAGGUUUAGUUCAUUUAGUAAUUACAAGAAAAGUAAAAUUCUCACAAAAGAAGAGAGGAGGAACUACACUUUUGGGGAGAGGCAGUAAAGAAAAGAAUUGACUGUAUUCAUAGCCAGCCUAGGAAAAAGAACGCAAGGAUAUAGAUGUGAAAUAUGAAAUAGGAUGGCUUCUGAUAAAGAUCACACCUUACUUUCUUGAAAAAAUCCAUAACAUACUUUUGCUUUGGGGUUAUUUGCCUAAUUCUUGCAAGAGACCUUAAAUGUAAUUACAGGUAUCCAUAUAGGAAGGAAGAAGCGGAAGAUUUGGCAGCAGAAGGCAGCCAUGUGACAAUGUAAGCAGAGAAAGAGGUUUGAAGAUGCUAUGCUACUGACUUUAAAGAUGGUGGAAGAGGACCCGGGCCAAGGAACAUAGUCCUAGAAACUAGAAAAGGCAAGGGAAUAAGUUUUUCUCUGGACUCUCCAGAGGGAGGGAGCAUAGCCCUGCUGAUACCCUGCUAUUGGUCCAGUGAAACUGUUUCUGACUCCAGAACUGUAAGGUCAUGACUGUCCAAGUAAUGAUAAUCACAUGAGUGCACUCAUUGCUGCAGAUGUCACUUGACUCAUCAGAGAAAAUCGGUCUUAAAGAAAAUAUCCAUAUGACCACAUCUGUUUCUUUAUUAAAUGGCUUGAUGGAUUUCCUUUACUCUGAUUCAUACCAAAGCUGUCCUUUGCAACCAAAACAAAAAGGGAUCCUGCAUGAGUCAGUCCCAGAAUGCCAUUUUUACAUCACCAACAGGUGAAGAAAACCUCAUGAAUAGCAACCACAGAGACUCGGAGAGCAUCACUGAUGUUUGCUCCAAUGAGGAUCUCCCUGAAGUUGAGCUGGUGAAUCUCCUAGAAGAACAGCUGCCACAGUAUAAGCUAAGAGUAGACUCUCUCUUUCUAUAUGAAAAUCAAGACUGGACGCAGUCACCACACCAGCAGCAGCAUGCAUCUGAUGCCCUUUCUCCAGUGCUUGCUGAAGAGACUUUCCGUUACAUGAUUCUAGGCACAGACAGGGUGGAGCAGAUGACCAAAACUUACAAUGACAUCGACAUGGUUACACAUCUCCUGGCAGAGAGGGAUCGUGAUCUUGAGCUAGCUGCUCGAAUUGGACAAGCUCUCUUAAAGCGGAAUCAUGUCUUAUCUGAGCAGAAUGAAGCCCUGGAGGAACAAUUGGGACAAGCCUUUGAUCAAGUUAAUCAGCUGCAGCAUGAGCUAUCCAAGAAAGAGGAAUUGCUUCGAAUUGUCUCCAUUGCUUCUGAAGAGAGUGAAACUGAUUCCAGCUGUUCUACACCUCUUCGGUUCAAUGAGUCCUUUAGCUUAUCUCAAGGUUUGCUGCAGUUGGACAUGCUGCAAGAAAAGCUCAAGGAACUGGAAGAAGAGAAUAUGGCUCUUCGGUCCAAGGCUUGUCAUAUAAAAACAGAAACUUCUACAUAUGAAGAGAAGGAACAACAGCUUGUCAAUGACUGCGUUAAAGAACUUCGUGAAACAAAUGCUCAGAUGUCCAGAAUGACUGAAGAAUUGUCAGGAAAAAGUGAUGAACUGAUUCGAUACCAAGAAGAGAUCUCCUCGCUCUUGUCCCAGAUUGUAGAUCUUCAGCACAAACUUAAAGAACAUGUGAUUGAGAAGGAAGAACUAAGACUUCAUUUACAAGCUUCCAAAGAUGCCCAGCGACAAUUGACAAUGGAGCUUCAUGAGUUACAAGACAGGAACAUGGAAUGUCUGGGAAUGUUACAUGAAUCCCAAGAAGAAAUAAAAGAACUUCGAAGUAAAUCUGGCCCUGCUGCUCAUCUCUACUUCUCCCAGUCUUAUAGAGAUUUUACUGGGGAAUCUUUGGCAGCUGAGAUUGAGGGAACCAUGCGUAAAAAUUUGAGUUUGGAUGAGGAAUCCUCUCUCUUUAAACAAAAAGCCCAACAAAAACGGGUGUUUGAUACUGUCAAGGUUGCAAAUGAUACACGGGGCCGCUGUGUCCCAUUCCCAGCUCUGCUACCCAUCCCAGGCUCGAACCGUUCAAGUGUUAUCAUGACAGCAAAACCUUUUGAGUCUGGUGUACAGCAAACAGAGGACAAAACACUCCUGAACCAGGGGAACAACUUAGAGGAGGUUCCUGGGAGCUCUAAGUCAGUGAGCCAACCAGGACCCUCUGAAGAUAGUGAUUUGGCUACAGCACUGCAUCGUCUUAGCCUGAGAAGACAGAACUACUUAAGUGAGAAGCAGUUCUUUGCUGAAGAAUGGGAACGGAAGAUCCAGGUUCUGGCUGACCAGAAAGAAGGAGUUAGUGACUGUGACACCCCCACAGAGAGCCUUGUGUCUCUCUACACCAACCAGUCAGAGAUCACAGACCUCAGCAGCACCAGUUGCCUUCGAGGCUUUGUGCCAGAAAAAUUACAAAUUGUCAAGCCCCUUGAAGGAUCACAAACUUUACAUCAUUGGCAACAGCUUGCUCAACCAAACUUGGGAACCAUUCUUGAUCCACGACCAGGUGUCAUUACUAAAGGCUUUACCCAGUUGCCCAAGGAUGCUGUCUAUCACAUCUCAGAUUUAGAGGAGGAUGAAGAGGAGGGUAUCACUUUUCAGGUUCAGCAGCCUCUUCAAGUGGAGCAGAAACCUGCAGUAUCCAAGCAAAUAGCAGGGAUCUUCCUGCCACCCAUUUCUUCAGCAGGUGGACCAGUUACAGUUGCAACCUCAAACCCAGGAAAGUGUCUGUCAUGCACGAACUCGACAUUCACCUUUACCACCUGUAGGAUAUUACAUCCCUCUGAUAUCACUCAGGUUACCCCUAGCUCUGGGUUCCCUUCGCUAUCCUGUGGAAGUAGUGGGAGCAGUUCAUCAAACACGGCUGUGAACUCUCCUGCCAUGUCCUACAGACUCAGCAUUGGUGAAUCCAUCACAAACCGACGAGAUUCUACUAUAACUUUCAGUAGCACCAUAAGCUUGGCCAAGCUUCUGCAAGAGCAAGGCAUCUCUGCUAAAGUGUACCAGAGCCCAAUUUCAGAGAACCCCCUCCUCCAGCCUCUCCCUAAAGCCCUGGCUACCCCUUCCACACCACCAAAUUCCCCAUCUCACUCUCCGUGCUCUUCUCCCUUGCCAUUUGAGCCCCGAGUGUGUAUCUCUGAAAAUUUUUUGGCCUCCCGACCAACUGAAACAUUCCUCCAGGAGAUGUAUGGCCUAAGGCCUUCCCGGAACCCUCCUGAUGUUGGCCAGUUGAAGAUGAACUUAGUAGACAGACUGAAAAGACUAGGGAUUGCCAGAGUGAUCAAAACCCUUAACACCCAGGAGAAUGGGAAAAGCCAAGAGGCUGAAAUUGGUCUUCAAAAACCAGACUCUGUUGUUUAUUUAAAUUCAGGUAGCAAUUUAUUGGGUGGACUGAGGAGGAAUCAGAGUCUCCCAGUCUUGAUGGGUAACUUUAGUGCCCCAGUUUGCACAUCUUCACCCAAAAUGGGUAUCCUGAAGGAGGACUGAGGCUCAGCACUGACUGAGCUCUUACAAAAAUUAGCACAUGAAGGAUGGACUUGCACUGAUACAUGAGAUCUGGUCUGACUUGAAAGAAAAGAAAUGUUGCAGAAAGGUUGUGAAUGUGAAGAGGGGGAAGUGGAGGAAUGGAAACAAAAUUGAGAUGAGGUCUUCAUGGAUGAAGUCUGGUAAAUUGAAAAUGUAAAUGUCAUGAAAUGUUUGGAGACAGAAAAGGAUGAAAGGUUUAUACACUCCUUCAGUUUUUAUGUCUUGAAAAUAAAAAGUGAAUAGAAAACAAUUUAGGAUUAUUGAAACAUGCCAGAAAUACUGAAUACUUCUAGGGAACAUAAACAGAGAGAACCUACCUAAAAGGGUGAGAAGAAAAGGAGCAACUUUGACUGUUGCUGGUAGAAAACUGUUCCAAAAGGUUGGUGCAGUAAGUUUGGUCUGUUAUUGAGACAGUCAUGAGAUGCUUAUGUUUCCCUUGCUAAUGGCUGGUCAGAUUAUGCAUCCAUCUAAUGGUGUGCUCACAGUACUACAAAGCAAGGAACUUUAUCUUUUUCAUUAUAUCAGAAGUGGAGACUCCCUUUUGCUUUUCCAUUUUCAGGCCUUUGAGCCACUGGGAGCACAAACACUGUUCAAACUCCUUUGUAUUUAUGAUUAAUAAAAGUUCAUUUUGAAAACUGAUGGUAUGACUAAGUGCUAGAGCACUUGCCUAGCAAGUACAAGGCCUUGAGUUGAAAGCACCAAUAUCACCAAAAAUAAAUUCAAGUUUUUAAAUUUGUAUUUUUAUAGAACAUCAGGAAAAAAACUCAACAAUGUGGUUAGAAAUUGGAAGGAAUUUACUUUAAGAAGGAAAAUGGGGGUAAAUUAGAACCAAGAAACUUAUGUUUAGGCUAUUUCUUUUGGGUAAUACAGUGGUCAAGGAAUAUAUAGUUGCUUGCCUUUCAAAUUCCUUGAAGGCUUGAAGGAGUUAAACCAGAAGUGCAAUCUAUAGGAAUUAUGUUGUAUAUUUAUAUAUAUAAAGUCUUUUUGUAAGGAAAGUUAGUUGUAACUUUUUCCAAAGUGCGCUAAUAUGCAUAUUUUUAAUGAAAGAUGACAUGUAUUUGCACAAAAAUUCUCAGGCACAUUAAAUUAUUAUAAACUGAAGUGAAACCCAGGUGCUUGCUUUGAGAGAGUGUUGUUUUUGCUUGUUUGUUUUUUUCCUAAUGUAAAUUAAAACACUUUGUCUUGUUCCUGGCAUCUUUCGAAUUAGAGAUGUCUCAUGAGAGAGUUAAAGCUUCUUUUUCUUUGGUGUUCUUUUUUACAAACUGAAAUGACAAAGGGAGACCAUAAGAUUAGGUUUCAACAUUCAGCAGUUGACAAGGCUGCAAAUUGGGCAGAAACCAAUCUGUUUUGAAUGUUCCCAGUCAGUCUGCUUCCAUUGUCAGAUGACAUGGCUUAAGCCAGGUGGGGCCACUCAGGAAAACUUUCAUGACAUGAAAGACAUGGGAAGUUAAGAGAAGGGACUAAUUUUUUUGCUUAUAAAAACAGUAGGUGUGUUACUUGGUUUUUUUGGUGCUUAGUUAGUAAAAGUUUUGCUCCUUUGCCCUGAUUUAACUGAAAGGCAAUUUUUAACUUCUGUUCCUGUGGUUUAACCCAUAUACCUCUCCCCAGGUCAGGGGGGUUCUUUCUUCUCUUGAGCCACUGCCCUACAUGAAAAACUAUGUACUGCAAAGAGUAAGAAAACCAACAUGCAAGCGAUGGUAAGAAUCUGUGGGUUAUUUGUGGUUUUUAGCACAGAAUUCUUUCAAUAAAACUUUUCCAAAUUUCUCAAAAACAAAGAGUGAAGAGAUGUCUGCUCCCUUUCUCCUUCACUCAUCAAGCUGCUGUCUGCAGAGCAUACACGCACACGCUCAUAAAGGAUUCCAGGUCAGUAAGUGUCCCUGAAUGGAGUCAGCAUUAAAGCAGAAUUCCUGAUGUGUAAACUUUAUAAAGAUUCCAACUUGCUUUUUUUUAAAUGGCAUUAGAAUUUCUACUCUAAAGUAAUUCCAGGGUGCUUCCUUUAGCCAACUCUUAAAGCUUUUCAUUUGUUCCCUAAGAAAGUAAUCUUCCUGUCACCUGGACAUUUAAGUUUCCAGGAGUCGUCAGGAAGUAGGAAAAUGUAGGACCAGAGUACUAAAGAGGGUUAAAUUAUUAGAUUUACAUAUAUAAACCACUAUAAAUUAAGCUAGAUUUUUUAUAUGUUGAGUAUAAUUUGUAUACUUUUUUAUUAAUCAAUGCCUAAAUGAUCACUGGAGGCUGAGUGGUGUAUUACCCAAAUAACCACAUCUGGUUCAGGAAAACCAGAUUUGGGUUUUUGAAAAUCUGAUGCUGGUGUUCUGUCAGAAAUACGAUAAUUGCAUACUAGUGCAUGCUUGUCUCUAGAAGUGAAUCCUGUCUUAAAACUGGGUUUUGCUGGUUUUGAAGUUUCCACCUAAUAUCAUUUUUAGGAUAGCCUGAGAAUAUUAUAACAACUGUCUGCAAACUAUAAGAAGAAGAACUGGAGCCUUACAGCAAGUUCUUCCUCAAUUUCUCUGUUAUGCUUUGGUACUGUUCACAUUUUUGUUUUCUUGUAUAGCAUUAGCUGGAUAUGUACUUUCAUGCCAGUAUGGGAAA